AGCCCUUCCCGUUGCCGGUGCCAGCCCCGGUCUCUUGGAAUUACUUCGCUCAAUGAUUCACCUUUGCCGGUCUCAUCCCGUGUCUGCUUUGUUAAAUUCCAUGAUCCAGACUCGGCAGUUGUGGCUCAGCAUCUGACAAACACUGUAUUCGUUGACAGAGCAUUGAUAGUCGUACCAUAUGCAGAAGUGGAGAAGGCAAAUGCAAAACUCUUCCUGAUGACUGAAAAACAGUGGGUCCUCUGCAGCUACAGGGGAUUCUAGACAUUAACUAAAGGCCAGCAAGCACUCAAGUCCCCCAAGUGUUUUCCUGGUGUAACCAUUUGUUAACUACAUUUUCUUUUUCUUUUUACAUUUUAGGCGGUUAAAGUAACUUGACAGAAAUAAUGAGCAGGGUUUUGGGAUCUUAAAAAAGCCACUGUGACAAGACAGCACUAUUUUAAUCCAUUUUGUAAAUUUUCUAAGCCAUAUUUUAUUAGUUUGUUCCCAAUGUACUGCUACUUUAUUUGCUUUUUUGUUAUUUAUAGAUUUUGAUCAAAGAAAUAACAAAUAUAAAAUUACUGGAUUUUAAUUAAGUUAAUAAUUAUGGGUUUUAAGUUAAUUUACAACAUUAAGUUAUUUCUGACCAGGAUUUAAUGCUUUCCUCUUUCCUUAAUGUACUGGUCAGUGGAAGCAGAAUCUUGAUAUUGUUUACUUUAGAUGCUAUCUCAGAUCUUUGAGUACCAAUGUGAACAUUUACACCAUACCUUGUAAAAGUUGUGAAAUGUCUAGUCCUUAAAACUUAAACAAAUUGCCUCUGGUUUUCUAAAGAAAUUAAGUUGCAUUCAUAGAUGGGGUAAAGGCAUCUAUAUAAUAGUACAUCUAUCUCGAUUAUAUUAAAUUGUGUGGACCAAUUUAAAGGUUUUAAAAUAUAUAUGGUGAUAAACAUUUGAUUUAGUGUGUUUUGAUUAAGCAAUUCUUUAUAUAUCGGUUUGCCUGUUGUAGGAUAAGACUUGCCACCAAAAGAAAAUUUACAGAAUUCAAAUUUAGAAUAAGUAAAAUAUAGAUGAUAGUUUUUGGAACAAAGGUCAAAUCAUGUGAGUACUGUGCAAAACAUUAGCCUUUAAAUUUAAAGAAUUCUUAUUGGCUAAGUAUUGUAUCAUAGUUCCCAAGCCCUGGACAUAAUACAGUAUAUCAUCGUAUUAUUGGCUUUUAUAAAUACUUUUAGACUGGUAAUUUUUCUGAAUUUGUUUCAAAAGUGAAAUAUUUAGGAAUUUGUUUAGAAUUACCAAAAUACUUUGUUCUGGAAUCUAUUUUUAGUGUAUUUAAUAAUGGUAUGGUAUGCUGUAUUACUGUUAUCUCCACUAAAUAACUGAUGUACUCAAUCCCUUUGUCACCACUCACCCUAGUUUUAGUUUUGACACUUUGGUGUUGCUUCUUGAUCAUGUUUUAGAACAAUAGACACAAAGUAUACGGUAAGGAAUAGUCUUAAUUGAUAAAACUGAGGUAGCUGGAUUUGGAAGGAACUCUUAAUAGUAAUGGAUUUGGGGGUUAUUUAGGUUCCUUGGUUAAUGUUUGUUUCUUUUGUCUGUUUCUUUUUCUUUCAUUUCUACACAUUCAUGCAGUAUUUCAUGGUUCUAUCAAAGCAGCAGUAAAAAAAAUACUCUUGACGCAUGAAAAUUAACUGGUGAGGGGCCUCAUUGCUAUUUUUAAAUUGUAGUUUUAUUUUUAAAUAGUCUUUUUUAAAUCAGAGGAUCAGAUGCAUGACUUUUUUUUUAAUGGAUGCAGAUCUUCUAUCAGGUGUCUCAAAAUAAAUUCAAGAGGAUUGUAGUUUGCCAGAAACGUUGCAAAUGCACUAAUUUGAAUAAGAUGUUGAUACUUAAUAUUAUCCUCUUGAGACAUAAUUUUGCAUGCAAGAUUAUCCCAAUAAUCUUUGUAGGUUUGUUAAUAUUGAUGCAUUAAUGCCCUAUAUCUAAAUGAUCUUCUCCCUCCCCCCUCCAUAACUCUGGGUAUCUAAAUUGAUGACAGCUCUGACACAAGCAAGAUAACAGUGCUGUGUAGUAUACAUUUGUUUAUAUUAUCGGCACUUCUCAGUAUAGGUGGAAGGAACCAUUACCUUUAUUUAACAGUGGUUUUUCUUUUUUGUUGUUGUGUUUUACAGUUCUUUUCCCUGGUUCAGCCUGAACUAUAUACCAGGCCCUGCUGAAAAUACCACCCAACAGUUUUCUUCUGCAGCUUAUCCAGUUUCUCUUAAGUGCCCUGUACAUAUUGUAUGUUUUAUGAUGAGAUGCAGUUUCUUAAUAUGUAUUACAGAAAUACUACUGGUAUUUGCAAAUAUAUAAUUUAAUUGUAUUAUUGAACUCUCAUUUUGGGGGCUUGGGCACAUUAACAGAUUAAUCCAUCUGUAUAGGGCUUUUGCUGUUGGAUAGAAUUUAAAUUGUAUACAUAAAUAUUUGUCUUAGGACCCUUAGAUGUUAUCUGAAUACACAGAUUAGGCUUUAAAAACAGAUAUACAUGUUUUCGACUUUAGGAAUUUGCUUAAGUUAGCUUUUGAACUCACACUGUAUAGCAGCAUUUUUUGGUAUGGUUAGCAUGGCACAUGCUGGAAUAUAAAGCAUUUUACUCUACAGGUAAGGAAUGUGCCAUGUUGUUUUACCCAUUCUCUCUCUCUCUUUCUCUCUCUCUCUACUCCCCCACACACAUCCAGUGUGUAUUCAGAGACCUUCAGAAACAUUUCAUUUUCAUGAGUCAGCAAAAGCCCUACACUUGAUUCCAACAGAAUAUUUCCUUUACAUACUUUCCUUCUCUGAAUUUUUACAAAAUUUGUAUGGUAGGUGUAAAAGAAAAUCAUAGUAACUGUACCAUAUUAUUAACCCCUAAAUCAAACUUUUUUUGUCUUGUGUAUCUUGAUUUUUCUGUGUGCUUUAUAGUGAAGCAGCCGACACGAGUCGUUGUUCAUAAAACAGCUUUUGAAAGUUGAGAGCACACCCCUGGAGAACCGACUGUGCUUGCUUACGUUUGGUUCAUGACUUAAAAAUCGAGUACAGGUGAUGAAAUCUUGGCAGUGUUAACAAAAAAGUAGUGUGUAUUUGUGCUAUUUUUUUUACUCUAGAAACUUAACCAUUUGUAGAGAAAAAAGGAAACAUUUUCACACAUUGAAGUUUCAUUCUGACAUAAAAUUAAUGAUAAAUAAUAAUAGAAAUCAAGCUUUAUAUUUUAGCGAACAUAAGUACUUUCAGCAAACUCAGGUGGUGUAUCAGGGAGACAUUUUCUGGGUGUUUUUGUGUGUUUUCUGUCUUGCAAAAGGGUGUGUUCUAAUGCAAGGAUGUUUCUCUGCAGGAGUUAUUCCUGAUGAGACUAAGGCUUUGUCUCUGUUGGCACCAGCUAAUGCAGUGGCAGGUCUUCUGCCUGGUGGUGGACUCCUGCCUACUCCUAACCCACUUACCCAGAUUGGCGCUGUUCCAUUGGCUGCUUUGGGAGCUCCUACUCUUGAUCCUGCCCUUGCUGCACUUGGGCUUCCUGGAGCAAACUUGAACUCUCAGUCUCUUGCUGCAGAUCAGCUGCUGAAGCUUAUGAGUACUGUUGAUCCCAAAUUGAAUCAUGUAGCUGCUGGUCUUGUUUCACCAAGUCUAAAAUCAGAUACCUCUAGUAAAGAAAUAGAGGAAGCCAUGAAAAGAGUACGAGAAGCACAGUCCCUAAUAUCUGCUGCCAUAGAACCAGAUAAAAAAGAAGAAAAACGAAGGCACUCAAGGUCAAGAUCACGCUCUAGGAGGAGGAGGACUCCUUCAUCUUCCAGACACAGGCGGUCAAGAAGCAGAUCUAGAAGGCGGUCACAUUCUAAGUCAAGGAGUAGGCGACGAUCCAAAAGUCCCAGACGGAGAAGAUCUCAUUCCAGAGAGAGAGGGAGAAGGUCAAGGAGCACAUCCAAAAACAGAGACAAAAAGAAAGAAGACAAAGAAAAGAAACGUUCCAAAACACCACCAAAAAGUUACAGCACAGCCAGACGGUCCAGAAGUGCAAGCAGAGAGAGACGACGUCGACGAAGCAGGAGUGGCACAAGAUCUCCUAAAAAGCCCAGGUCUCCGAAAAGAAAACCGUCUCGCUCACCGUCCCCUAGGAGGCAUAAAAAGGAGAAGAAGAAAGAUAAAGAAAAAGAAAGAGGCAGAGAUGAACGAGAACGAUCAACAAGCAAGAAGAAGAAAAGUAAAGAUAAAGAAAAGGACCGGGAAAGAAAGUCUGAGAGUGAUAAAGAUGUAAAACAGGUUACACGGGAUUAUGAUGAAGAGGAACAGGGGUAUGACAGCGAGAAAGAGAAAAAAGAAGAGAAGAAACCAGCAGAACCAGUUUCCCCCAAAACAAAAGAAUGUUCUGUGGAAAAGGGAACUGGUGAUCCCCUGAGAGAAUCCAAAGUGAAUGGUGAUGAUCAUCAUGAAGAAGACAUGGAUAUGAGUGACUGAAUAUGGCCUCCAUGAGAAUCCACCUGUAUACAUGCAUCAGUGUCAUUCCUUUGUGUGAUUUCUUCAUGCUGUAUUUGUUCAUCUCAAACCUUAGAUGUAUACAGCUCUGAGCUAUAAAUGGUUAUAAAGCUCCUGAUAUUGAUAUUACUUACAUCCAAAAGUUUUUGGAAAAUGCUGUGUGGGUAACCAAUUCUUGACGUGGUGAAAUCUGAUUGAGAAACCAAGCAGCUUGACUAUUCUGGCACUGCUUCAUAACAGAAGUGAAAGGCUGCAUGCAUCUACAGCAGGCAUGGAUUGUUUAUGUUGUAUAAUCUCCUUUAUUAAGUAAGUUCACAUAGAAUUUCUAGAAUUUGAUUCAUUGCCGUAAUAGAGCCAUGUAGAGAAUGCACUGAUUGCAUGUUAAUUGUGGCAGGAGUAUCCUCAUUGUCAUUAAAAUCUUCCAACAUGAUGGAUCUACUUAAUGGUCUUGUUUGUUCACAUGACAAAUUAACAUUCUUAUAGAUACAUCUGGAAAUAAGCAUUUGAAUUAGAUAAUCCUCUAAGCCUUGUGGCUGAAAUUUUGUGGCUUUUGUUUAACUUGGAAAGGUUAUAUAUGCACUAACCUUUUUUGAUGGCUGCUUAGGCUUUAAUUACAGAAACAAGAUUUCAAAUGAAACUGUCUUUGGCAGUAAGUAAAUAGCAUAUUUUGAAGUAGAGUUGUAUACUUUUUCAUAAGGUGUUUGGGAAUUUUUUCCCCUGAAAUAAUUUAUUCCACACCUGUAUCAUUGAAUGCUAACUGCCUAUCCUGAGUCCAUCUGUAAAACAGUUAUCUCGUCCUAAUUUUCAAUUUUUCACUUUAAUUUGUUUUAAUCUUAAGUGUUGGAAAAAGGGGUAGUGCAUUUUAAAUUGACCAUAUGCUUUUAAAGUGAGACAAAUGUACUUGAUAAUGUACUUUUUAUUUUAUCUCAAGUUGUAUAAAAACAAAUUUGUGUUAUUGUUACUGCAGUAGUAAUCUUAUGCCCACAGUGAUUCCAUGUUAAAUGCAGAGUAGUUUAGGCAACUGUUUUCUUAGUUACAGGAGUUUCCAGCUUCACUUUUGUGCAGUAAAAACAAAAGUAGGCUACAGUCUGUGCCAUGUUGAUGUACAGUUUCUGAAAUUGUUUUACAAGACUUUGAUAAUAAAACCCUUAAACCUA